AUCGCUCCUCGUCGCAUGCACACCCGCUCGCUCGACUUCUAGGAUGGCCCGCGCAGGCGGGAGCACCGACGAGCUCUACGCAGCCCUGCACCAGCGCCUCGUCCAGAGCGGCGACUGGGACCGCAUCCAAGGCCUCUUGCGCACCAAGUUGAAUGAGAGCGGGUGGUCGGAUACGGUACGCGCGAAAGCUCAAGAUACCGCGCGCGGUAUGGACCCCCUCUCCGGGCGUAAGCUGCUCGAACUGAUGAAGGAAGACCCGCAGACUCGGAUGACAUCUGUCCCUGAGGGCGUGAAGAAAGAGGUCCUGGCUGCCAUCCGUCAGGUUAUCGACAAGCAGUUUGAAUAGCGAGUUGACCACUAACACGUCGUACCCCAUGGAGGCCAUGACCUGCUCAGCCUUCUGCAUACCAUUUCUUGGGACAUUACAAUCACGGAACUGUAGAAUACACCCGGGCAAACACCGACUUCACUGAACAUUUGUAUUCAUCUACAAGCACUAAUCUCGGUACGCGAUACAUGACGCAACAAGAUCAUUCCAGC